CUGUGCAGGACAGGGAAGAAGAAUCUCUGUCCUGAAAGGAGAGGAGCUAUCUCUCAGCCACACAGUAGGAGGGAGGAAAGGGAACCAUUUAAAGACAGGCCCACAAACCCAAGGCGGCUGAAUCCACACACCAGGCCAAGCAUUUGACCAAACCAGGGACCCGUGUCCUCUGCUGUCCUGGUAGGGUUGGGCUGUCCUCUCAGGCCCCAGGCGUUUUCAGCCAACCAUCCUGAGGAAGCCAAGCCUGAACCCUCACCCUCAGGAACCCCCUCAUCCCAGCCCCUACACCCGCGCACCCGGUGCGAGGCCAGGGCGAAGGGGAAAGUUGGCAAGCGCUGGGCGCCCGCGGGGGGAAAGCGUUAAUGGGCGGCCGGGUGGGAGCAGCUCGCUCGCUCGCCCACGUCACGCCGGUGCGGGCUCGGCUGACGACCGCGGCGCCUGGGGACGCCGGCGCGCUCCGCUCUCCAGGUGCUCCGCCUGGAAAUGUCUCCAUUAGUUGUCGCUUGCUCCCCGCCGGAGCGCGCGCGCCCAGCGGCCGCGCAGAGCCCUAGCGGGCGGCCAGGAGUGGCCCGGCGCCACCGCAGGUAGGCAAGGUCCCCUCGCCUGCCCCCGCCCUGGGGUUCAGAGACCCCUCCCCCCCCCUUUCGAGAAGGCGGAGGAGGCAGAGGCUCCUCGCGGCCGCCGAGGGGCGCGGGGCGGCGGCGGCGGAGACGACGGCUGCGGCUGCGGCGACUCCCCCGUGCGUCCCGGGCUGCGCGCUGCUCCCGGAGGCCCUGGAGCCCGAGCGGCGCGGGCCGGUUCUUUCCUAGCGCAGAGCCUAGGAGCCUGCAGCCCCGGAGCAGUGACCACACCGCGCACAGGACCCCAACGGCCCUCCAACCUUCUCAGGCCGCGCCAUGUCCUAUCCCCAGUUUGGAUACCCCUAUUCCUCUACUCCCCAGUUCCUGAUGACCACCAACUCCCUGAGCACGUGCUGCGAGUCGGGCGGCCGCACACUGGCUGACUCCGGGCCUGCAGCCUCAGCACAGGCGCCGGUCUACUGCCCUGUCUACGAGAGCCGGCUGCUGGCCACUGCACGCCACGAACUCAAUUCAGCCGCCGCGCUCGGCGUCUAUGGAAGCCCCUACGGCAGCUCGCAGGGCUACGGCAACUACGUGACGUACGGCUCUGAGGCGUCUGCUUUCUACUCGCUGAACAGCUUCGAGUCCAAGGAUGGCACAGGAUCUUCCCACGCCGGCCUAGCGCCCGCGGCCGCAGCUGCAGCCUACUAUCCGUAUGAGCCAGCUCUGGGCCAGUACCCCUAUGACAGGUACGGGACCGUGGACAGCGGCACUCGGCGCAAGAACGCCACCCGGGAGACCACCAGCACGCUGAAGGCCUGGCUGCAGGAGCACCGCAAGAACCCGUACCCCACCAAGGGAGAGAAGAUCAUGCUGGCCAUCAUCACCAAGAUGACCCUCACGCAGGUCUCCACCUGGUUCGCCAACGCGCGCCGGCGCCUCAAGAAGGAGAACAAGAUGACCUGGCCACCUCGAAAUAAGUGCGCAGAUGAGAAGCAGAGGCCCUACGGGGAGGGCGAGGAGGAGGAGGCCGGCGAGGAGGAGUCCCGGGAGGAGCCUCUCAAGAGCGCCAAGAGUGAAGGUGCCAUUGGCAAAGAGGACAAGGAGCUAGAACUCAGUGACCUGGAAGACUUCGACCCUCUAGGCGCAGAAACCUCAGAGUGCGAUCUGAAGACGCCCUUUCAGCCCCUGGACAGCGGACCAGAGAGGAUUUCUGCUUCAUCUGACGGCCCCAGCACAGGCAAGGAGGCCUCCGCCACGCUCCGGAUGCCCCUGGGCACCGCUGGUGGAGCUGCCGUGGAUGAGGACCUGGAGAGGGCCCGGAACUGCCUCCAGAGCACAGUGGUUGCGCCAGACUCUGGCGCCGAUGGCGGCCCACAGUCCUGCGAAGCCAAACUGAGCUUUGCUCCGGCAGUGGCGCCGCCGACCCUGGAGACCAAGCCCCGUAUCUGGUCCUUGGCGCACACAGCCACCGCGGCUGCAGCCACAGCUCUGAGCCAGACUGAGUUUCCCUCCUGCAUGCUGAAACGCCAAGGUCCGGCGGGUGCAUCCACGGCGCCGCCGGCAUCUUCGCCUGCAGUCCCUUCUGGGGCCCUGGAUAGGCACCAGGACUCCCCAGUAACUAGUCUCAGAAACUGGGUGGAUGGGGUAUUUCACGACCCCAUCCUUAGGCACAGCACUUUGAACCAGGCCUGGGCCACCGCUAAGGGCGCACUUCUGGAUCCUGGCCCUCUAGGACGCUCACUGGGGGCGGGCACCAACGUACUGACGACGCCCCUGGCUUGCUCCUUUCCGCCCACGGUGCCCCAAGACGUCCCACCCGCGGGGGCCUCCCGGGAGCUGCUGGCUACGCCCAAGGCCGGUGGCAAACCCUUCUGCACUUAACACCCACCCACACGGUGGAGAAGGGAACUGGCGCUGCUCGGGUUGCAGGCGCUGACAAUGGACCGUUUUUAAUGAGUUUCCAAAAGAAGGGGGCAAUUCCAAGCCAAGAAUGCCAACCCACCUGAGACAGAGGAUCUGAACUCAGGAGCCAGGACUAUGGAGGAAUCCCCUUGCGUUCUAUCACCAGGCUUCCCCCGAUCUUGCGUCCACUUGAGCCACCCCUGACCACCAAACAGACAGGAGAGCGCUCCCACAGCAGAGGGGGGGCCCCGCUGAAGCGCAAAGUUUACAUCCAAAGUUUACAUGAAAAAGGUAUUUGGGUUCUGAGGCUUGUUUUGUGUCGCUGUCUCCUUCUGGGUUUGAGGCAUGCUGGUGUUCGUUAAAAAGACUCCUCAGCCUGUUUUCCUUCGGACUUCAUCCUCAGCACCUAAAGCUCACCAACGACACUCCCGCCGAGUUUACACUGCUGCACACUCUCGACUCGACAAAAUUAUGUUUUCUAAAAUGUAUGUUCACACCAGUAAUUGCCUGUUUCAGAGAGAGGCUGAUACAACAAAACUAAUAAAUCCUUGUGUCU